AUGGACGAGAUCUGGGAGCGAGCCGUUGAGACAGCGCUAGAGGGCCAGAGCGACCACGCCGCGGCUCGAGCCCUAACCCUAGACGGCGCCGUUAAGUGCGUCCAGGGUCGUCUACCUCCUCCGAGUCUUCUAGAGAAGUUUCAGAACCUUCAGCAUCUCUCGAUUGCAAACGUGGGCGUUUCGUCCCUGGAGCAGUUCCCGAGGCUCCGAAAUCUCCAGAAGCUAAUCCUCUCGGAUAAUCGAAUCGCUGGAGGCCUUGAAUUUCUCGUAGAAGCCGGUCUCGACUCGCUGAGAGACCUCGACCUCUCGAACAAUCGGAUUCAGCAUGUCGAAGAUCUCGCGCCGCUCGCGCAGCUCAAGCUGGUGUCCCUUGAUCUGUAUGAGUGUCCGGUCACUCACGUCAAGGAUUAUCGAUCUAGGGUGUUUGGAUUGAUCAAGUCGUUGAAGUAUUUGGAUAAGAUGGACGCGGAGGAGAACGAGAGGCCGGAAUCUGAUGACGAGGAGGACGACGAAGAUGACGAGGAGGAUGAUCCUGGGAGCGGUGAAAUCGAUGGUGAGGAUCGGCCAUUUAGGAUGACCAAUGGCCACAGUGAGGCGGUUGAAGGUGUUGUUGAUGUUGAUGAGGAUGACGAGAGUGAUGCAGACGAGGAAGAGACUGUGACUGCGACGAGGGUGAAUGGACAAAAUCACCAGACAGCAAAUGGAUUCCGGGUUGCUGCUGUGGCUGGUGAAGAGGGAGAUGAGGAUGAGGAGGGAGACGAUGAUGAAGAGAAUGAUUCUGGUGAAGAAAUCGAUGAAGAGGAUGUUGAUGAUGACGAUGUGGUGGAGGUUCAAGAGAUUGAGGAUAGUGACGAUGAGGAAGAUGGGGUUGAGUAUGAUGAGGAGGAUGAUGACGACGAUGAUGAAGAUGACGAGGAAGAGGAGGUGGACAAUGAUGAAGGGGAUCUUGCAGAGCCGGAGAGUACAGGGAGGUUGACGAGCACGGAAGGAGAGAUUGAUGGACAUGAACAAGGGGAGGAUGAUGCAGAUGAGGAUGAUAAUGGAGAGACCGGGGAGGAAGAGCAGUUAGUAGAAGAGGAUGGGGAAUUUGAAGAUGAAGAUGGUGAGGAAGAGGAAGAGGACUAUGGUGCAGGUUACUUAGUUCAACCCGUGGCACAGGCUGAGGAAGAGGAUGCUGGUGGCAGUGACAUGGAUGCAGGAAAUGAAGAAGGUGAUGGCGAAGAGGAGGAAGUUGAAGACGAUGAAGAUGAUGAAGUUCAGGUGUUGCCGCCCCCUUCUUCUUCUUCUUCUCAAAUGAAGAGGAAGAGAGAUGAAGCUGCAGAUUCGGAUGACAAUGGUGAGGACGAUGAGGAGGACGACGAUGUUGUCGAGUACAGCAAGUCUUCAAAGAAGCAUCGUUGA